CCUGCAGCCCCAGCGACUCGCUCACCAGAGCUGAACCUCAGCAGAGAUAGCAGCAAGCAGGCACUUCCACGCCGCGCAGGCUAACUCGCUUUCGGCUUUGGUUCGAGAUGCAGACUCGUUGGACCAUGAGGGGCUCCAGCGCCCACAACUUUAAGAGUGGACUGUGUCUAUGGCUGAUUUUGUGGCUGGUGGUGGUGAAGCCAGGCGGGGUGGAGGCAUGUCCCAAGCUGUGCGUGUGUUACCCCACGCCCAUGACGGUCAGCUGCCAGUCCCAGAACAUCACAAUAGUCCCGGCUGGGGUGCCAUAUGACUCACAACGUGUUUUCCUGCAGAACAACCGCAUCACAGAGCUUCGCGCAGACUCUUUUGGCUUUGAGACACAGGUGCUUUGGCUAUAUGGCAACAACAUCACAUGGAUCGAGGCCGGGGCCUUCAGUAACCUCAGGGUUCUGGAGGAGCUGGAUCUGGGCGAUAACCCGCUGCAGCGCCUGGAAGGUGGAGCCUUCAGGGGCUUGGAGAAGCUGCAAAGCUUGCACAUGCAUCGCUGCAAGUUGGCCGCUCUCCCCCAUGACCUCUUCCACAAGCUGUACAGCCUGCAGUUCCUCUACCUGCAGGACAAUCAGCUGCACUUUCUGCAGGAUGACCUCUUUUCAGAUCUGGUCAACCUCACUCAUCUCUUCCUGCAUGGAAACCGCAUCCGUGCCCUCUCUGAGAAUGUGUUCAGAGGCCUGGUCAACCUGGACCGCCUCCUUCUCCAUGACAACCGCAUCAGGCAGGUCAACCGUCGGGCUUUCCGUGACCUGGGCCGCCUGACCAUCCUUUACUUGUUCAACAACUCCCUGGCCGAGCUGCCGGGCCAGGCCAUGAAAGACACCCAAGGCAUCCAGUUCCUCCGCCUCAAUGGUAACCCCUGGUCCUGCGGCUGUGAGGCUCGUCCCCUGUGGGAGUGGUUCCGUAAGGCCCGCAUCUCCUCCUCUGAGCUUAUGUGCACCUCUCCAUCCCAACGUCGUGGCCAGGACCUCAGAUUCCUCCGGGAGUUGGACUUCGCCCUCUGCCCUCUGCCUGACCCCGGCUCUCUGGCUGGCAGCACCACGACCACCUUCAGCACCAAGACCCGCUGGUGGUUCUCCAAGAACAAGCCCGCUUCUUCAUCCAAGGCUUCGUAUCAGAAGAGCACAGAGACGGUGAAGGCCUUCCCCUUCUCUGCCGUGAAGCCUCAGUACCUCCCCAAAACCCCAUCUGAAACCUUCUCCUCCAAGUAUGAACUGUCAGAAGAUGAGGUGGCGCUCCCCAAGCUGGACCAAGAAGAAUACUGGGCCAACUACGGCAACGAAGACGCCUCCAUCCGCUGCUUUGAGCUGGAGUGCCCCCCAGGCUAUGACAACUCAGCCUUCCCCUCAUCCUCCUCCUUUCCCAGCACCCCAUCCCUCCUCCACCUCCUCUCCCUCUCCAUAGUCGCAAUCACUCUCCAUUUCCUUUUUGGCUGAACUGUUUUCUCCUCCAUACCCUUUUUUAUCUUCCGAUUUCUCCCCCUGCUCUUUCCAACUCUAACAAAAACCUGGAUCUUGAUUCCUUUCAGUUAACUCCUCGACUUGCAGGGGAUGCUACACUGACACAGGGAGACAGGAGAGGCAGCAGGGGGCUGUUUUAAAGAGCAGAGAUAAGUUGAAUUGAUGUAGAGCAGGACAGGAUUUCAGUGUUAAAGUAGCUGCUGCUUAUUGGUACGGGCUUUAAAAAUCAGGGAUCACAUCAUGAAAACUGUGAUAGUGACCGUACAAAGGCAGAAACCUACAGCAACAUCAUGAAAUGAUCGAGACACAACACGCAGACAGCUGGUGGUGUCCACAGACAUUUUUUGUAAACAACGCAGGCGUUGUGACUCGUCUACAGCUAUUUUCUAUACCAACUAGUGCUCACCGUCCAAUCACCGCUGAUGUUAUUCCUCGCUAAUUUAUCAUGAAUAAAAGUGGUGAUUAAUGAUACCAGAAGUAGGAGAAAGAUGCGGAUUCACACAGAUUAACACAGAUAAUGAGAGGCUUGGGAGGAAAGAAAAGAAAAGGAAAUAAUAAUAGGCAGAUGUGAAAAGAAAAUUAAUAACAUGUGAGAAGAGUGAGCUUAAGAUAUUCAUCUAAAGGCAGAAAAGGAUGAGAGGAUCAUCAGAUCUGCAGCCAAGAGCGGUUCUCCUCUCUCCUUCUGAUUCAAAAUCUUGUGUGAUCCCAGAGAUGCCAGCAAACCACCACCUUCACCCACGCUUGUACAUACCACACAUCAUCACUGUACAUACACCCAUCGCAAACAGCUCUGUAGGGUAAACUAGCUGGGUUUUUAUAUUUCAUUUUAGUACCAUUUAGUAAAUGAGAGCUUGAUAGAUAGAUUAGGUUGUAAAUGGAAGGCAAUGUGGAAACUCCUUUUCAUCUUUCAUGUUCUCCACUCUUGUCUUUUCCUCUCUCAGACAAUCUUAACACUUGUUUCCCAGACUGGGAAAAUGGAAAAUCUAAAAAUUGAUAUGAGUUAUUUAAACAUAUGAGAGCUCACUUUCAACAUGGGCAGAGAAAUAAAUGCUCACAACCAAAAAAGGGUUAUCAGUUUUUGUUGUGUGAGUGGGAUUGGACUGUUGCAGACUAAUAACCAAAGGACCUGAGAAGACCAAUUUGAUCAUGUCUCUUCUUAAAAUGAGUGCCUGUGUAUGUGCCUGUUUUCCCUUAAAGAAUAGGGCCUCUGUCUGUUAGUCUGGAUGUCCAAACUGACACAGAACAAGAUAAAAACAACACCAGGGCUGAAUCCUACACAGCUCCUUGUGUUGUUUGAAGCCUCAGGUCUCUGUCUUGCUGGCUCCUGUUACAUUAAACUUUGACCUGCAAUCGGUGACUGUGUGUGCCACACCGAUGAGGAUGUGUGUAUUUCUUUUUAGCUCUGAUUGAAAGUAUUUUAUGUCUCAAGGACCCACAACUGUUUCAAAACUGUAUAGUUUCAGAAAUGCAUGAGACUCUGUGUAUCAGUUUGCUUUUUCAGUAUUUUCUGAACAAAUAAGGUCUUUAUGGUGCGGACCACAAUCAAGCUGUCAUGCAUAAAACCAUCUCUCGCAUAUUAAAGCUGUCCUUUAUUAGAGAACCUUUCUGACUCCAUUGUGUGUUUUUAGAAAAUGGGAUAUAACUUACUCAACAAUCUGUUUAACACAGUGUCAAACAAACCUGAUUGUGAUCUGCAUCAUUCAUGGGGGCCACAUGGUCCUUGUCAACUCCCAUAUGUUAAUAAGUCCAUUCCCAUCAACCUGAACCAUGACUGUGAGUUUCUGCAUAGAACAUGACAGAUACUGUAACGCUGUUAGAUUGUGUAUUUUUCAAUGAAAAGACUUGUUUGGAUAGUGUUUUGCUUUAAUAAAAUAUAAAGAAAAAAUCAAA